GGGAGGACAGGAGUCGGUUAUCUCAUAGUAAUAAUAAUAAUAAUAACCAGACAUUGCUACGAGGAGGAGGAGGAGGGAAAGGGAAGAUAAAAUAGUUUUCCAUCCAGAAUUCACUGCCUUGACAGAAUGCUGACUGAGCCUGUGUACAUUUACAUUUACAUUUAAGUCAUUUAGCAGACGCUCUUACUCAUGCACUCGUUGAGUAUUCUAUUACUAAAGUACUCAAUAGACUUGUUGGAAAUAAAUACCCAUUCUCCCUCCAACCCACCUCUACUGUACAUUCUCUCCUGGCUGAACUUUGGACUGGUUAUGACUCUAUUUCUUGUUCAUACGGACUUUAUGAUUGCUGUGCAUGUGUUUUAAUGGGACUUGAAAUGGAAUUGCAUUGCAAUUAAGUGGGCCAGAUGUCGUUCAAAAAUUCUGCUUCUCUGAUCGAGAAAGAAAGUUAGAUUUGGUGGUCCAACUGCUACGUUCAACAUACAGUGAGGGGAAAAAGUAUUUGAUCCCCUGCUGAUUUUGUACGUUUGCCCACUGACAAAGAAAUGAUCCGUCUAUAAUUUUAAUGGUAGGUAUAUUUGAAAAGUGAAAGACAGAAUAACAACAACAAAAUCCAGAAAAACACAUGUCAAAAAUGUUAUACAUUUAUUUGCAUUUUAAUGAGGGAAAUAAGUAUUUGACCCAUCUGCAAAACAUGACUUAGUACUUGGUGGCAAAACCCUUGUUGGCAAUCACAGAGGUCAGACGUUUCUUGUAGUUGGCCCCCAGGUUUGCACACAUCUCAGGAGGGAUUUUGUCCCACUCCUCUUUGCAGAUCUUCUCCAAGUCAUUAAGGUUUCGAGGCUGACGUUUGGCAACUCGAACCUUCAGCUCCCUCCACAGAUUUUCUAUGGAAUUAAGGUCUGGAGACUGGCUAGGCCACUCCAGGACCUUAAUGUGCUUCUUCUUGAGCCACUAAUUUGUUGCCUUGGCCAUGUGUUUUGGGUCAUCGUCAUGCUGGAAUAUCCAUCCAUGACCCAUUUUCAAUGCCCUGGCUGAGGGAAGGAAGUUCUCACCCAAGAUUUGACGGUACAUGGCUCCGUCCAUCGUCCCUUUGAUGCGGUGAAGUUGUCCUGUCCCUUUAGCAGAAAAACACCCCCAAAGCAUAAUGUUUCCACCUCCAUGUUUGACGGUGGGGAUGGUGUUCUUGGGGUCAUAGGCAGCAUUCCUUCUCCUCCAAACAUGGUGAGUUGAGUUGAUGCCAAAGAGCUCUGUUUUGGUCUCAUCUGACCACAACACUUUCACCCAGUUGUCCUCUGAAUCAUUCAGACGGGCAUGUAUUUGUGCUUUCUUGAGCAGGGGGACCUUGUGGGCGCUGCAGGAUUUCAGUCCUUCACGGCGUAGUGUGUUACCAAUUGUUUUCUUGGUGACUAUGGUCCCAGCUGCCUUGAGAUCAUUGACAAGAUCCUCCCAUGUAGUUCUGGGCUGAUUCCUCACCGUUCUCAUGAUCAUUGCAACUCCACGAGGUGAGAUCUUGCAUGGAGCCCCAGGCCGAGGGAGAUUGACAGUUCUUUUGUGUUUCUUCCAUUUGCGAAUAAUCGCACCAACUGUUGUCACCUUCUCACCAAGCUGCUUGGCGAUGGUCUUGUAGCCCAUUCCAGCCUUGUGUAGGUCUACAAUCUUGUCCCUGACAUCCUUGGAGAGCUCUUUGGUCUUUGCCAUGGUGGAGAGUUUGGAAUCUGAUUGGUUGAUUGAUUCUGUGGACAGGUGUCUUUUAUACAGGUAACAAGCUGAGAUUAGGAGCACUCCUUUAAGAGUGUGCUCCUAAUCUCAGCUUGUUAUCUGUAUAAAAGACACCUGGGAGCCAGAAAUCUUUCUAAUUGAGAGGGGGUCAAAUACUUAUUUCCUUCAUUAAAAUGCAAAUCAAUUUAUAACAUUUUUGACAUGUGUUUUUCUGGAUAUUUUUGUUGUUAUUCUGUCUCUCACUGUUCAAAUAAACCUACCAUUGAAAUUAUAGACGGAUACAAAAUCAGCAGGGGAUCAAAUACUUUCCCCCCUCACUGUCGUCUCCUGCACGAUCAAAAACUCAGCCUAUCAGUUUUAGUUUUUUGAAAAAUAACUAGGCUAUUACCUUUCUUGAACGCUAACACAGACGGCAUAUAUGAUAUGACAGCAGCCAGGCAGCCAGCCAUAGCCACAUACUGGGAGAGGAAUGAUUCCCACCUGAUGUGAGUUGCAUGUUCUGACUGAGAAUAGGAAUGGAAUCCAUCGCUUUGAACACACUGUGUCCGGAGUAAAAAAUGUAGUCCAUUAUGGCUGGAAUGCAACGAAAGCAUCAAUAUCAAACACAUGAUACUGUUCUAUUCAUUCCAUUCCAGCUAUUACAAUGAGCCUGUCCUCCAAUUUAAAGCGACACCAGCCUCCACUGAUACGAAGCCAGCAUUGGAGAGCAGUGAGUCUCAGAAUAGGCUUAACUGUGAUGUCUCCAAGGUGGGACUUAGGAGCGAAAACUCUUAAGUUAACACAUGGUACUUUGAUGAGGACCGAAGUGUACAGCAGUAAUGUACUGUAUCUGAACUGAAGCACUGUGGUUGAAUGGAUAGCUAGCAUGUCUGACUUUGAACCUUUUUAGUGUGGCUUUCAAUAGAUAUAGUAAUAUUGGAUACACAGUAUUUCCCUGACUCAAUGCGGGUGUUAAAUGCGAGCUACACAGCAAAUGGGCCAGUGUUCCCGAGUGUUGAUUUUUCAGUGUAACAUUUCUAGUGUUGAUUCCGGUGUUAAAUUAAAACUAUUUGGUGUAAUUGAACCCCAGUGUUGGUGUUAAUAACCAGUAUUAAACUAAAACAACGUCCAUUAUUAUCAUAUUUCUGAUAUCUUUGUCUUCCCAACCCGGCAGUCAUUCUCAAUGCAGGUUGCAGGUCAAUAAGAAUUUAAAAUGUUGCAUAUACCCAGUCUGUCUGGAUUCCAAUAGGAAUUACUCAUCACUUUGCAAGCCAUCAUCUUAAUGUGACUUGCAGGCCUGAAAACCACGAGUUUCAGGCCACUGUAUUGGGCUAAAACAAGGCCCUCAAAAUAAAGCCUUAUUAAAAACUUGUUGUAUUGUGUUAAAUAAUACAAUUUUAAUCUUCACAUUUUCGCUUUGGAUCUCACUAAAUGGAUGAAUGCAACAACCAUGUCUCUGUCACAAACAAUUACAGUUAUAGGCAAGGUACUCUGGGAAAUAUGGAAAUAAGGCUGUACACUAAGCAGUGUGCUAAUUUAACACUGAAAAGUGUGGACCCGCAUAGACACUGGACCAGUGGCCUCACAUUAAUUAGUGGAUUUGAGGGUUAUGCUAUCAUUCAAAUGAAAGCCAACCUCAAUGUGAGGUGGUGAUUCACUGAAAUUGUCCAGUCCAAAUAGUGCUGUUUACUUUUCCUUAUUGGCCAAUGGCCAUCUACCGAAAUAAACGUUAUCAAUAAAGUUGAUAAAUGGCUGUGAAAAGUUGCCAUCUAUCGACAUAUAUGUAGUAUACCCAUGUUCAUUGAGGUUUGUCUGUUAGAAAAGCACAGACAGUACAUGUCUCUGCGGUUGUUGUCCCAUUUCCAUUGAUUUCAAAACAAUAUCGAUGUGAGCGAUUAAUUUGCGCUUGAUAUUGAGUACAGUAAAACAAGCUAAUCAAUUCCAAUCUUGAGAACAAGAUUGGUAAAUGUUGGUCUGUGUGCAGUUCAUAAGGUACUUAUUUAGCAGUCAUCUGAACACAUGUGUGACACAUAUGUAGGGAGUAACUUUUAUGUAUUGGUCUUCAAAAUAUCACAAUGUAUUUCAACAUAUUGAUUAAACCAGUUUGGCCAUGAGUCAAAAAGCCAUGACAACAGGAAGCUGCAACAGUAUAAUUUUAAAUGUAUGUUUUUAGGAAUAUAAAUGGUACUUUUAACAUUAUUUUUCAGGAUUAUACAUUGUCAGGUAAAAGCAAUUAAAUGAGCCCAAAAACAUGCUAUGAUUUAUUGAUUUUGAUGAUAUUAGUGGAAUUGUGAAUACAUAUACUAAAUACAUACAUACAUCAUGUGUGUACAUACAUUGGCGUGCAAAAAUAUGGCCUUUUUCCUAUUUUGUUGCCUUACAACCUGUAAUUAAAAAUAGAUUUUGGGGGGGUUGUAUCAUUUCAUUUACACAACAUGCCGACCACUUUGAAGAUGCAAAAUAUGUUUUAUUGUGAAACAAACAAGAAAUAAGACAAACAAAUGAAUAUUUGAGCGUGCAUAACUAUUCACCCACCCCAAAGUCAAUACUUUGUAGAGACACCUUUUGCAGCAAUUACUGAUGCAAGUCUCUUGGGGUAUGUCUCCUUAAGCUCGGCACAUCUAGCCACUGGGAUUUUUGCCCAUUCUUCAAGGCAAAACUGUUCCAGCUCCUUCAAGUUAAGUCACUUCACAGAUUCUCAAUUGGAUUGACUAGGCCAUUCCAAGGCAUUUAAAUGUUUCCCCUUAAACCACUUGAGUGUUGCUUCAGCAGUAUGUUUAGGGUCAUUGUCCUGCUGGUAGGUGAACCUCCAUCCCAGUCUCAAAUCUCUAGAAGACUGAAACAAGUAUCCCUCAAGAAUUUCCCUGUAUUUAGUGCCAUCCAUUAUUCCUUUAAUUCUAACCAGUUUCCCAGUCCCUGCCGAUGAAAAACAUCCCCACAGGGAUGGGGAUGCUGUUCUCGGGAUGAUGAGAGGUGUUGGGUUUGCACCAGACAUAGUGUUUUCCUGAUGGUCAAAAAGCUCAAUUUUAGUCUCAUCUGACCAGAGUACCUUCUUCCAUAUGUUUGGGGAGUCUCCCACAUGCCUUUUGGCGAACACCAAACGUGUUUUCUUAUUCUUUUCUUUAAGCAAUAGCUUUUUUUCUGGACACUCUUCUGUAAAGCCCAGCUCCGUGGAGUGUAUGCCUUAAAGGUGUCCAAUGGACAGAUACUCCAAUCUCCACUGUGGAGCUUUGCAGCUCAUUCAGAGUUAUCUUUGGUCUCUUUGUUGCCUGUCUGAUUAAUGCCCUCCUUGCCUGGUCUGUGAGUUUUGGAGGGUGGCCCUCUCUUGACAGGUUUGUUAUGGUGCCAUAUUCUUUCAGUUUCAUAUCAGUUUCUGAUAUUUUUUAAUAACCAAACCCUGAUCUGUACUUCUCCACAACUUUGUCCCUGACCUGUUUGGAGAGCUCCUUGGUCUUCAUGGUGCCGCUUGGUUGGUGGUGCCCCUUGCUUAGUGGUGUUGCAGACUUUGGGGCCAUUCAGAACAGGUGUAUUAAAUACUAUUUUGUGUCCAUUACAUGAAAUCCAAAUAAAAAAUCUAUUUAAAUUACAGGUUGUAAUGCAACAAAAUAGGAAAAACACCAAGGAGGAUGAAUACUUUUGCAAGGCACUGUACAUAUAGAGUACAUUUAACACACAGAUACUUGCGCUCGUACACACGCACACACUGUACUCCGUCAUGCUUGACAGCUUAAGUGUGAGUCAUGGAAGCUCAUUGAAAGGCACUCUCACAGGUCCCAGUGGUCCAGCCAGCCAUGCAGCGCAAGUGGUGUCUGGUGACCAUGGAGCGCAUAUAAAGUUACGUCAUAUGCUGUUGUGGAAAUGAAUGGUAGCCCGGGCCAUAUGUAUCAAGCGUCGCUAAGUGUUUUAUCAUUUAGAUCAUACUUAAUCAGAUCAUUGUGGACAGGGAGGACCUGAACCUAGAUCAGCACUCCUACUCUGAGACUAGAUAAAUACGGGCCCAGAUCUGUCUCUGCUAUCUAGCCAGUCCUAUGAUCGUAACUCACAAACAUAGGAGUUGGCUGUACAGCACAAAUUGAUCUGGGACCAGGCAAUAGCAAUGCCUCUAAGUACCAGGAUGUCAAUAUUGAUUAAAUAUAAUAAUCAAUAAUCAGUGUAAAACGUGUACACAAAGGUACAAAUGUCUUUGGCAGAACAAGCUGUGAUUUUUGUAGAGAAUCUGUGACUGUCUGGAAAUUUCUACGUAAUCUUUUAAACAAUAUCGGUGGUGUCUAUGGCUAACAACAUGUAUGAACAAAAUAGGCCCAUGUUCAGUAGAAAACUGAAGAAAUUGUCUUGAAAUGGAGGAGGCACUACCAGAACUUGUCCAAUGAAAACACAAAUGUCCGUUUCAAAAUGUUUUCUGUUUUCAUGCCCAGGGAAUAACUGAAAUAUGUUUUAAAAUGUAUUUUAACUGUUUGAUUCAAAACGUGCAUAGAAUGUGGAAGUUAAAACAACUGCUAUCUCUUUCACUGUGUCUAUCUAUCUGCAUUUUCUAUGUUUUACAUCCUUAUGAACUACAGUUAUGGCGUGUGUAUUAACCUAGAGCCCAUUUCGCGGCCUCCAUGUUUGUUUAUUUUUUGUAGUUUUUGAAUGUCUUGAUCAAGAGUCAAGAGAUGGAGGUUUUAACAGAAAAAGAAGAUGUUGAUUGUUCAAGAACAUGUAAUCAUUUUCAACAUGUUACAAAAUCCAUUACAAACUCAAUUAAAUGUACCAUCCAGGAACAACAACCAUUUCACAAACAAACAAACACUAAUAAAACAGCUAUUUCUUGCCUUAGAAAACAGUACAUUUCGGAAAAAGGGCUUUAAAUCGAUAGCUUGCUGUAUUUAUCGUUACUUUUAAAAAAUAUUGUUGUAUAUAUUGUAUUUAUUUUAAGGUAAAUAGUGUUUUAAAAAUUGACUGGAAUUCACUGUUUGUUCAUUUUUUGUUUAUAAAAAACAUUCAAGAGCCAACGGAAACAUACACACAUUGAUACACCAUUUAAUUAUGUUGAUUAUCCCAAUUAUUAUUACACAUUAAUACAAAAACACAAAACAUUUAUGGUACUUGACCCAAGUUACUACAAGUUUAUGAAAUAUUUAUGCAUUAAAAGAAUGGCAGGAAUGCAACUACACACACACACAGUGGUGGAAAAAGUAUUCAAUUGUAAUUGAAAAUAAAAGUGAAAGUCACCCAAUACAAUACUACUUGACUAAAAGUCUAAAAGUAUUUGGUUUUUAAAUAUAAAUACAAAAGUAAAUGUAAUUGCUAAAAUAUACAGUACCAGUCAAAAGUUUGCACACCCCUACUCAUUCAAGGGUUUAUCUUUGUUUUUACUAUUUUCUACAUUGUAGAAUAAUAGUGAAGACACCAACUAUGAAAUAACAUAUGGAAUCAUGUAGUAACCAAAAAAGCAAAAAAGAUUUUAUAUUUGAGGUUCUUCAAAGUAGCCACCCUUUUCCUUGAUGACAGCUUUGCACACUCUUGGCAUUCUCUCAACCAGCUUCACCUGGUAAAAGUGUCACACCCUGCUCUGUUUCACCUGUCUUUUGGCUUGGCUCCACCCCCCUCCAGGUGUCGCACAUCUUCCCCUAUUAUCCCCUGUGCAUUUAUACCUAUGUUCUCUGUUUGCCUGUUGCCAGUUUGUCUUGUCCCGUCAAGCCUACCAGCGUGUUUUUCAGAACAGCAGGCAGGCUUACGCCUGUUUCCUUGAGCCUGUUUUCUAGUUUUCCUGGUUUUUGAUCAUUUUGCCUGCCCUGAGCCUGCCUGCAGUUCUGUACCAUUUGCCUCUGCCCUGGAUUACUGACCUCUGCCUGCCCCCGACCCGGAGCCUGCCGCUCUGUACCUUAUGAACUCUGCCCUGGACUACCAACCCCUGCCAACCACAUUUCCUGUUUUUUUCAUGGAUAUCCAGGGGUACACUCCAACACUCAAACAUCAUUUACAAACUAAAAAUUUGUGUUUAGCGAGUCCCCCAGAUCAGAGGCAGUAGAGAUGACCAGGGAUGUUCUCUUGAUAAGUGUGUGAAUAGGACCAUUUUCCUGUCCUGCUAAACAUUCAAAAUGUAAUGAUUACUUUUGGGUGUCAGGGAAAAUGUAUGGAAUGUAAGUGAAGUAAAAGUAUAGAAAGGUUUACAAAAAAGUUGUACUUUAAAAUAUUUUUACUUUAGUACUUUACACCACUGCACACACACACAAACACACACAUACAAUGCACAUUACAAGCAGUGCACACAUUUAUAUACUGACAAUAUUGUAAGAAAGUUUCAUUGUGUUGCUCAAAACAUGUUACAAAUAGAACUGAUGGGAUUGCUACUUUUAAGUAGCUUUGGAGGCAGGCAGCUCUGCCUGCCAGACUGAUGUUUAACCAACUCUGGAUUGAGUAGGUUAAACAUCAUCCUUGGAGGCUGAGCUGCCUCACAGGCUAGUCUGAAGACAUAUUUCUCGCUUGUGCGGAUUGCUAUAGUACUGUGAUAAUAAUACUUUUCUGUUGACCUCUCCACUAUUGACUUGGUGGGAUUAUUGACUUAAUUCUGUUUGAGAAUGAAUGGUACUGUACACUACUGAAAUAAAGGGUUCUUGUCUCAUGUCGAGUUGAAGCAUACUCACCUGGAAUCAUGGAAUCUUCUUUUCUCUUUUUUCAUUUUUUUUCUCUCACUGCCAUUCAAAAAAACAUUAAAUGGGCAUCAUUCUUGAAAGUGGAAUAAGGUCUUGAAACAUUGAAAUGUAAACUUAAAUACAUUGUCCCUCCACCAUUGAGUAUUAUUGAUUGAAUUGAUAUCAUUAUGAUUUAAUACAUUUGUAUGGGUAAACCAAGGAAAUAUUUCCUAGGGUAAACCCAGGGAAUACAAAAGUACUUCUCUAAGCCUAAAAUGUAUUUUUUUUUAAACAUAACAUUUAAACUGGAUUGAUAGGAAUUGUAUUCUCAUUUAAAUUGGGACUAUUCUACCAUACUUGAGAGCAUACAUUUAGCAGACAUCGAAGGUAAUAUUUCAGCAAAACAUAUUUAUUGUAUCACUAUCUUUUUUCUUACUUGAAGUCGUUUAUACUUGGUUUGAAAGCUUGGUAUUUGUCUGUGUGCAUGUCUGUGUGCAUUCAUUCAUAGUUUGUUUUUUAAUUGUAUGAAAUAAAAGCAAAUAUUUCCUGACCAAAGCUUUUGUCUGUGAUCCUAGUGUGGCUUUGAGUGGCAUAUCUAUUUAAGAUUUAAAUAGACAUUUCAAAUCUCUCUAGCCUUUGUUGCAAAUUGAUCACAUUAUUACGUUUUACAGUGGGAUUAAUGGGAUUUUCAACUCACAAAAUCAAGUGUUAUUUCCUUCAUUGUCAAACAAGCUCACAGUUUUUAAUAAUACAUUAACUAUUUAGCUACGUUGACGUAGGGUGAAAAACAAAUUCAAAUGUAUUGGGGGGUUAUUUGGGUCUACCUGAAUGGUGAGAGAAAGGCUUGCUAUCUGGGCCUCUGUUAAUUAAUUCCAAUUAUCAGCAGUUGAAUACUCCUGCCUAGUUUAAAAAUGCAGCUCUUUUUCUCUGUGGUCGACUAGUUGUACUGGAGUGCACAGCGCUGCUAUGCUGCACAGUGAAAGCGUCAGUCGCAGGUUCACCGACUGAUGAUGGACACAGUGAAUUGGAUUUUAAAUGUUUAUUAUUAUAGAGAUAUUUGUAAAAAUAGGCCAACUAUCGAUGCUGGUCAUACACUAAGAAUAUUAACCCCCGAGUUGGUUUUGAAUAGUAUUAGCUCGCGUGAUUGUAUAGCAAGCUAUCAACAGGAUACAUAAUCUAGCUAGCCAUGGUUCUAAUGAUGGAAUCGCAAUGCGAGUAUUUUAUGUAUUUCCCUGCGGUUCCCAUCACGGACCUGUCGGACCCGUCAAAAUACCGAACUCUCCCCCGGCGCAGUCACCUCUACCUCGGCGAAACGGUACAGUUCUUGCUAGUCCUGCGGUCCAGAGAUGGAGCGUCGGCCUCGAGCGGGACAAAGGGAAGCGAGUCAGGUGACAGCGGUACCCGGGCUUGGAAGGAGCUGGUACGGUCCCUCUCCGCUGUAGCAAGUGUCUGCCCCGGAGAGAGCCGACAUCGCUCCCAACUUCACCCCCACGAGUUCCAGAGAAGCUACAGCGACGACUGUGUAGACGAGGAUCCAGACGACGUUGACUUUGAAGCGGGAACAGUCCACACAGCCAGAAGGGAGUCAAGGAGCCGAGGUUUCAGAGAAUGCAAGCCGCUUCUCAUACACAAUAAUACGGGGCGUGAUGGACGGCAGUAUCGGCGCGCACCGGUUCAGUCACCGAUGGACGAGCCAGUGGUAUUGAACGAGGAGGUCAUAUUCCCUCUGACCGUCUCAUUGGACAAACUCCCCGUCAACACACUCAAGGUCAAGAUCAUAGUGACCGUGUGGAAGCAGGAGGAGGAAAAGGCAGAGAUCAGGGAACAUGGUUACCUCACCAUCCUACAGCUGAGGAGCCCCACACACACCUUCAGACAAGACCUUAAUACCUUCAAAGCCCAGGUCAGCACCACGUUGAGUGUUCUUCCUCCACCAACUGUGAAAUGUCAACAGAUGACUGUCUCCGGGAAGCACCUGACCAUCCUCAAAGUAUUAAACUCCAGUUCUCAGGAGGAGGUCUGUGUGAAGGACGUGAGAAUCAUUCCUAACUUCAACGUGUCCUACCUCCCCAUGAUGCCUGAUGGCUCUGUGCUUCUGGUGGACAAUGUCUGCCACCAAUCGGCAGAGGUUGGAAUGGCGUCGUUCCACAGGAUGAACAGUAGCUCCUCUCACCUUCCCAGCAUGCUCUCUGCCCUGGAGGAGCAGAACUUCCUGUUUCAGCUGCAGCUCAGGGACCAGCCGGAGGAAGGGAGCAACGAGGGUCUGGAGGUUCCUUUGGUAGCUGUGCUGCAGUGGUCCACCCCUAAACUUCCCUUUACCAGGUACAUCUCCACCCACUACCAGCUGCCCAGCGUGAGAAUGGACCAACCCCGGCUGGUUAUGACAGCUUCCUGUCCCAGUGCUGUGCAGCCUCAGGAGCACUUCCGGGUAAAAUACACCUUACUAAACAACCUGCAAGACUUCCUGGCUGUAAGACUGGUCUGGACGCCCGAAGGUCGUGGUCGUCAGGAGGACCCCUCUGUCAGUUCUGUGGUAUGUCAUUCCCCCCUUAACAACCUGGGCCAGUGUCGGAAAGGAUCCACCCUCUCCUUUACUGUCGGCUUCCAGAUACUCAAGGCAGGACUCUUCGAGUUAAGCCAGCACAUGAAGCUGAAGCUUCAGUUCACAGCGUCCUGUUCCAACCCCCCUGCUGAGGCCAGGCCCAUGUCUCUGUCCCUGUCCAGGAAGAACUCUCCCUCCAGCCCUGCUGUUAGAGACCUGCUGGACAGACAGAGUCUGGGAAGAUCACAGUCCUUCUCUCACCAACAACCAUCACGGUCGCAUCUUAUGAGGACGGGCAGUGUGAUGGAGCGCAGGGCCAUCACCCCUCCAGUGGGAUCCCCAGUGGGUCGACCCCUCUACCUCCCCCCCGAUCGGCCGGUCCUCUCACUGGACAAGAUCGCCAAGAGAGAGUGUAAGGUACUGGUGCUGGAACCUGGAAGAGACUGAGAGACAAGGCGAGAGACAGGGAGAGGUGGAGGAAGAGAGGGGAGUGCUGGUUCUUGAGCCAGGUAGAAACAAUGAGACUGUGAAGAUGGGAGGGAGUGAAGGAAGGGAGGAAGAAGGGAGAAAAAGGGAGAGAGAGAGAGAGAGACAUCUCUCAUGCUGAACAUUUCCUACAUCCUACAAGGCACGCAUGAACAAUGAUUUACCAGACAGACAGAUAGACUAUCUGACACACACUGAAUGAUUGACUGUACGUGAGCCACAUCAUUUGAAGACACUGGAGAAGUUACUUUCAACAACAUAAUUUCACAUUUUUAUCUCAACAACAUUUGAUGUUUUUAUAUCACUGUAAUGUCAGCAUUCCAUUUCAUUCCUUGUUUUAUUCCUUGUGUAAUGCUGUAAUUUAAUGUGUAAAUAAUUGUUAAGGUUUUAAACAGGGUGAAGACAGAUCCAGACUAUUUGUAGAAGCAUUUUGAGAACUUUUUCACUGUAGAUUACUGUGUUUACCGUACAGGGUUAUGGUAAUAGCCAAUACCUUGUUAAUACAUAUUGUUAUACACUGGUAUACAUUUUACACAGUAUAUGUAAUGUAAUACUUGGAUGUUAGAAUCAUUUUUUUUGUGAAAAACUGGAUUAUGUUAGUGAGAAACUGGAUUUUAAGAGUCAAAAACUGGAUUUUAAGAGUCAAAAACUGGAUUUUGUUACUGAAAAACUGGAUUUUGUUAGUUUACACACUGUUAGAUACACUUAUCUAAUGUGAUGGAUGUCAAACUUGUGAUUAACAAAAGCAGCAGGAGACCACAGGGAAAGGGUUGAGUUCUGUUGCAUUGUGGAAUAACUCUAGCCUGGUCUCAGAUCUGUUUGUGCUGUCUUCACAACUCCUAUGGUCAUUGUCACGAUAGGAAUUGGCAAGACAGCACAGACAGAUCUGGGACCAGGCUAGAUCUGUUUCACCCGUGGAUAGUGUCAUCGAGUUCACUCUUUAUUAGAAUGUGUUGUAUUUUAGUGGCUUGGAGCCACACAGUCUCGACACUGUAUUUAGUAGUUAAACAAGUAGUCUACUAGAGAUGUUUUUAGUUUAUGCUAAAUAUAUUUAUUGUCCGAUUUGUAUAAUUUAGAUUUUCUUUCAUCAGCAUUUACUUCUGCUUAAAAGUCUUAAAAGUGCUUAUACUCCUUAGUACACUCCAGAGUACACAUAUUGUACAUAGAAGGACACACUCCGUAACACAAACUUCAUAGUCCACACUCCAUGAUAGGGAACAAAUAAUUUCCCUUUCCCUUGUUAUACCGCUGUUCGCCCUAUUCCCUAUAAAGUGCACUACUACUUAUGGACCCUGGUCAAAAGUAGUGGACUAGAUAGGGAAUAGGGUGCCAUUUGGGACACAGCCUUGCACUGUUGUUCACAGCUGUUAAAACUUUGAUUACAGUGGUUGAUCCUGUUGAUUGUUGCUGUUAUGCCAUUCAUUCACACUUUACCUUAUUAUUAGGGAUUUAGUCCUGGGUAACAAUCCAGAAUAGUGGAUUAUUUAGAAAUGGUAACGUCCGUUACUGUAGCUACGUUUACAUUUGUGUUGAGAACAUUGAACAAUGGUGUGUGUGUGUGCAGGUGUGUGUGCAUGUGUAUGUGCGUGCAUAAGUGUGUGUGUGUGUGUGUAUGUUUGUGCCGCUUUAAGCAUUUGUUGUAUGUUUUUUGUAUGUUUGUCUAAAAUAUUAUUUUAUUUCCUGGUUCAAUUGCCAAUGGAAAUGACCAAUGGGUUCUUUAUCCCUGAUGUAAAUUACAAUGUGAGGUUGGGGACAUUUCAAACGAUCAGAUUUUUUUUUUUACUGUGUGUCAAAAGCCCUGUUUAUACCUGGUUCUAGCAUGCAUCCUUUGUCCUGAUUGUUUCCACAUUUUGAUUGUGCCCACAUUUUUAGACAGGUGUUGACAAUCAAAAGACACAUUGUGAUGUGAUUUUGAUCAGAUCAUUCUGCCCACCUCCGGAGGUAGUCAGGCACGCAUUGUGUCUUUGUAUCUUACAAGUGUAGACGGAUCUGGACAGAGAAACCAUUUUAGUACAUUAUUCCACCCAUUAAAAUCAUUGACAGGUGGCACCAUUGACUGAUUACAUCAAUAUGUGUCUUACAAUACAUAAAUAAAUCUUAUGUUGAAAGAGUAGUGAAAUAAUUAGCAUAAAGGAAGGGAUCAGGAAAUCUGGUCACAAUGCAGACACAUUGGAUGGAUAACAGACACGUUUUAAUACCAUGUGUAGACACAUUUUUGGAAAUGUGGGCACAUACAGAAUGUCGACAAGAUCAGGACAAAGGACCCAUGUUAACACCAGGUAUAAACCGGGCGUAUUAUGCCUUAUUUUCCCUGGACACAAAGUACUUGCUUGUGUAUUCUGUGUUUAAUUUAGACGUUUUUAUCUCUAUAUCUUUACGUGAAGGCAAGAAAUAGACGUACCCAAGACUGUGUGUGCAGAGGAUGUGUGUUAUUUAGUUUCUUGUUUCAUUUUGUUUCGAUGUUUUGUUUCCUUAAGCCUGGAAUUUAACUGAAAAACAAAACCAUUCCAACUCAAUUUUCAUUGUUCCCGAACACUUGAUGAACACAAGUUUGGUCACAAACAUUUCCAUUCCUUUCCUCUUGUGAUUUUAAAACAAUGUAUUAUAUUACUACUUGGACCAAAGUAGCUCACAAUAUGAUUGUUUAUGUAUAUUAGUGACUUAUUUUUAACAGUCAUUGUUGUUAAGCACUUGAAUUGAUUUGACUUGUAUUGUUCUUGGUUCUUUGGACACACAACCAACAAAUGCAGUUGAUUGUGUCACAGAUGUACUGUGGCACGUUGUUUGCUAGCAGUCUCACUGGCCUUAGUUUAGGUCUUGCGUGCAUUACUGUACAUUACUGUAGGACAGGUAAAACAGACACAGGUGUGUUACUGUAGGACAGGUAGGACAUACACACGUGUGUUACUGUAGGACAGGUAAGACAGACACAGGUGUGUUACUGUAGGACAGGUAAGACAGACACAGGUGCAUUACUGUAGGACAGGUAAGGCAGACACAGGUGCAUUACUGUAGGACAGGUAAGACAGACACAGGUGUGUUACUGUAGGACAGGUAAGACAGACACAGGUGCAUUACUGUAGGACAGGUAAGACAGACACAGGUGCGUUACUGUAGGACAGGUAAGACAGACACAGGUGUGUUACUGUAGGACAGGUGAGACAGACAGGUGCAUUACUGUAGGACAGGUAAAGACAGACACAGGUGUGUUACUGUAGGACAGGUUAGACAGACACAGGUGUGUUACUGUAGGACAGGUAAGGCAGACACAAGACUGACAUGACAAGUAAUGUUAAGCUUGCAGCAACAAUUUAAUAGACUUCAAUAAAUUACAUCUCAGGCACUUCGGGCAUUUUAUAAUUGCACU